AAUCAUCACAGCUGUCAUCUGAGGGCGAGGGGCGGAACAGAGAGGAAGGCUGAGAAGAGGAUUUAGUGACUUUUCCGCUAAUUACCACGAGCUAACUAAGUGCCAGGAGUCAUUAAGGAAAUAUAAAGGUACCCUGGACAGGUGGGAACAGAUCCAUCACCAUGUACCCCGCCAGCCCUAAGCUCGGCCUGGCCCAUCUCGGAGCCUCAACGUUCUUCGCCUCGGCCCACCCCAGCGAGUCGUGUGGGAGCAACGGCCUUCCCCUGACGCCAAACUCCAUCAGGAUCUACGGGCAGGCCAAGGCACUACAGCUGGUCAAACACCCGCACCUCUGCUCCUAUGUGGACAUCCAUCGCGGGAAGCAUGAGAGGAUUAUGGUGAUCCAGGAAUACUAUCUUCUGAAUCUACGGAGAGCGGCGCAGAAAUACCCGGAGAUCAGGAGUCCACGAGGCUUGGCGAGGGUGGCACAUCAGAUGGUACAAGGGCUGGUGUACCUCAACAACUUCGGCACCGUGGCCUGCACCGUCAGCCCCGAGAACAUCCUGGUAGACCCGCGUGGCCAGGCCAAGCUGUACAACUAUGGCCUAUACUACAUGACCGAGGCCGCCACCGCUGUCUCCUUCCCUCUGGGCACCGUCCAGUACACGGCCCCAGAGGUGUUGCUGCUGCAGGGGGGGGCGCAGGAGGGCGGCGUGGGGGGCGUAGGGGGCGCCACGGUGACCGGAAACCCUGCCUGGGAUGUGUGGUCACUGGGCAUGGUGCUGGCGGAGAUACUGCUGGGGGUGACAUUCUUCUCGGGGUGUGGGGACAUGGAGGAGCUGGUGUCCGAGGUGCUGUCUCUCGCCCUCACUGCCAGCCCUCUACAGCACCUGGCAGAGUCACACAACGCUUGUCCGAAGCUUGAGGUGAGUGUCUUCCUCCUCCUCCUCCUCCUCCUCCUCCUCUUCCUCCUCACCUCCUCCUCCUCCUCUUCCCUACAGAGCAUCCCCAGUGACCUUUGGGACUUCAUAAACCUCUGCCUGACCGUUGACCCCGCGAGGCGCCCCGUUCCGAGAGGCUUGCUGUCCCAUCGCCUCUUCCACCCCCUCCCCCUCUCGGCCUCCCUCGCCCCGGUACACCCGCACUUCCCUGUCAUUGAUCCGUCGCUGUGCCUCGUCGAUUUUGCCCAUUUUAAGGCCAAGUUCGGAAUGGAGGAGAGCGCUGGGCCCCUCCUGGCGGACUACCCACUUCAACCCGAGAGCGAUUCCACUUCCUCCAUCUCCUCACAUGACUCAGAUGAUGGCUCUAAGCUACGGCUGAAGAGGGACCAGCUGGGGGAGCGGAGCAUGCGUGAAGUGUACCAUCUGUGGCAGCUGGCCGGCGGGAAUGUGGAGCAGGAACUCAAGAAACAGAAGCUCAUCAAGAUUAAGCCGACCAUUCUGACGCUGCCCAGUGUGAUGGUGGUGGAGGGUGAGGUCUUCGGAGGUGACAUCAACCGUAGCCAGCAGCUCGAGCCCACCACUGUCGUACUUCCCCUGCACACCCUACGUAGCAGAUUGGCGCACAUCCCCCCUGAGAAGUACUACCCUCUCAUCACGCAGGGGGAGUGCGGCACAGAUGACCUCGAGACAAGCCAGCUGCCAUUGGUCAUCCGGGAGCGCGACGCAGAGUACCAGCUGCACCGCCUCCUCACCUUCCAGAGGCUGCUGCAGGCCUACCCCUACAAGGCCGACAGUGUUCUGAGGGAGGCAAGGAAGGACACUCCGCCCUUCUACCGAGCGCUGGUGUGGGCGUCGCUGCUGGGCGUAGACGGGGCUGUCGGACAAACGUACCAACAGAUUGACAAGGAGACACCCACACCCACGGACAGACAGAUCGAGGUGGACAUCCCGCGCUGUCACCAGUACGACGAGCUCCUCUCCUCGCCGCAGGGUCACGCCAAGUUUGCAAGGGUCCUCAAGGCCUGGGUCGUGUCCCAUCCCAGGCUGGUGUACUGGCAGGGCCUGGACUCACUCUGUGCUCCCUUCCUCUAUCUUAACUUUAAUAAUGAAGCCCUCGCCUACGCCUGCCUCUCCCGGUUCAUCAACAAGUACCUCCACAAGUUCUUCCUCCGGGACAACAGUGCGGUCAUUCAGGAGUACCUCGCAAAGUUCUCCCACAUGAUCGCCUUCCACGACCCGAGACUCUUCAACCACCUAGACACCAUCGGCUUCAUCCCAGAGCUAUACGCCAUUCCCUGGUUCCUCACGAUGUACACGCACGUGUUUCCACUGCAGAAGAUCUUCCUGCUGUGGGACACCCUGCUGCUAGGGGAGGCGUCACUGCCCCUCUGUGUCGGCGUGGCCCUCCUGCGACAGCUCAAGGACAGGCUGCUGCAGUUUGGGUUCAACGAGUGCAUCCUCCUCUUCUCGGACAUGCCUGACAUUGACAUGGAGCGCGUGGUGAGGGAGUCCAAGCAGGUGUUUUGUUCCACCCCUCCGUCCGUCACCUUCCGCCAGCAUGACCACCCCAGGCCAGACCCCGGCAAGGACUCACCCUCGCACUCCAUCCCACAAGCCAGCCAGGACCUUGUCAUGGAUGCCGUGUCCCUCCCUGAGCUGAAGCGCGAGAAGUGUCCGAGGGUGUGCGGCGCUGACCUGCUGGAGCUGCUGGCACAUCGGCGGAGUCGCAGCGGACGCCUGAAGGUGCUGGUGGUGGAUGUGAGGCCCCCAGACGAGUUCGCUCGAGGGACCCUGGCAGACGCUAUCAACAUGCCGGCCGAGUCCUGCCUGAGUCCUGACGGUUCGCUGCUCCCCGGGCCACAGAACGAGACCCUCAACUCCUACCGGGGCAAGAUCAUCGCUGUCAUAGGCUCACGCAUUGGCUGGGACCAGGUGGUGAAGUUCGCCGAGGCCAUCUUGCUGCAGGAGUUCCCACACGUCUGCACGCUACACAAGGGCAUCGAGGUGUUCCGAGCGACUGGUGCCCUGGUGGUGCCCUCCUGAGGCGUACUGAAGCCCCACUGAACACCCUUGUGGCACCCAGCUGGCAUGGACUAUAAGGAGGCAUUGAUAGGUGGAGAGAGAGAGAGAUCUUCUUCACUGACAAAGACUGACACUGUACAGGGAAAACAGGAUAGACUUUUUUCCUAAUCUCCUCCUCACAGACAACCACUAACAGACUCGUGGGUGCUCCCCUUAAGACUUCACUGACAGGGUUUGGGUAUAGGGAAACACAUGCUAUGGAUCAUCUUUAUUUCUCUGCACUGACAACCCUUGGACAGACACAGUAUAGGGAAAAAGAGUAUUGACUUUCUUACUAAUUUCCUCCUCACAGAAUCGUGGGUGCUCCCCUUAGGACUUCACUGACAGGGUUUGGGUAUAGGGAAACACAUGCUAUGGAUCAUCUUUAUUUCUCUGCACUGACAACCCUUGGACAGACACCGUAUAGGGAAAACAGGAUAGACUUUUUUCCUAAUCUCCUCCUCACUGACAACCACUAACAGAAUCGUGGGUGCUCCCCUUAAGACUUCACUGACAGGGUUUGGGUAUAGGGAAACACAUGCUAUGGAUCAUCUUUAUUUCUCUGCACUGACAACCCUUGGACAGACACCAUAUAGGGAAAACAGGAUAGACCUUCUUCCUAAUCUCCUCCUCACUGACAACCACUAACACAGUGGUUCUCAAACUGGGGGUAAUUACCCCCAUGGGGGUAAUGAAGCCGUUUCUGAGGGGUAAUGAGGUAUUUCUAAAAUUAAAAAUACUUUAGAGUAAAAUUCAGUAAAUUGAUAAAUAAUAAUAAAGUAGAAGUGCAGUUUUUUUUAACAAAACUGCAUACCCAAUCCUGCGAAUGCAUAUAAUUUUUUAGGCGUAAACCCCCUUUAAAAUAUUCGUAUUCUAAUGAAAUUUCGCCCAUAUGUUCCCUCCGGUUAGUAAAGCAUUAUGUAAGAAAUUUCAUUAGAAUACGAUAAUUUUUUCCCUUUCUCAAUUUUUGGGGGGGUCAAUUCCCCACUCCGUAAACCCCCUUUAAUAUUGAGGUAUCAAAAAACUUUAUAGCCCACGACACUCACAUACCCCAAAUUGACAAAAUGUGUGAAGUUUCAUUGAUAUCCAUCAAGAACUCUAGGAGGAGAUGCGUGGCGGACAAGAACUCGAGGACAGACGGACAGACGGACAGACAGACAGACGGACAGACGGACAGACAGACGGACGGCACCCACUAUGAUCGGGCCGAAUUAGCUAUAAAUUUAAAGUAAAAACGCUUUAAUUUUAUCUCUUAUCAAAGGAAAUAAUGCCUAAAUUUCUUAUUCUGUAUUAAAUACUGAUUUUCUAAUAAAAAAAUGCAUUAAAAUGAGUAAAUAAUUAAAUAUUAUAUUUUCCUUUCCUCUAAUUUCAUGUAAAAUAAUUGUAAAUGAACAGGAAUGGGGGCUAGGGGUAAUUGUCCUCUACCUCUGCGCUGUCAGGGGUAACAAUGUCAGAAAGUUUGAGAACCACUGCACUAACAGAAUCGUGGGUGCUCCCCUUAGGACUUCACUGACAGGGUUUGGGUAUAGGGAAACACAUGGUAUAAAUUUUCUUCUUUAUUUCCUCUGCACUGACAGCCCCUACAGAUCACAGGCUCAUGGGGGGGGUGCUGGGCUGGUCUCCUCUUGUUCGCCAUUCAGUCCAGUCUCCGCCGUGGGGGUUCAAGUUGAAGGGAGUUUUACAUGCUGAAUCUGUAUUGCCAGGGACCAUUGCUGUGUUGAGAUUGUGGGUUAGAGUUUUGUUAGUGUUAGGAGGAGUUACUUGGCUGAGAGAGAGAGAGAGAGAGAGAGAGAGAGAGAGAGAGAGAGAGAGAGAGAGAGAGAGAGAGAGAGAGAGAGAGAGAGAGAGAGAGAGAGA